UCCGAACUUCAAUUGAUGAAGGAACUCGAUGCUCAUCCUCAUAUCAUUAAACUUCUGGGAUGUGUCACGAAAUCUGCGCCAUUGAUGGUGUUGUUUGAAUACGUUCCCUUUGGAGAUCUAUUGGGAUACCUAAGAAAGAGCCGUGGAUUAAAUGAUACUUACUUUAAAGACCCGGAUAUCAAACCACAAACAAAUCUGACGUCAGAGAAGCUGAUGAAGUUUGCUUGGCAAGUUGCCGAUGGAAUGUCGUAUUUGUCAUCAAUACCAAUUAUCCAUCGAGACCUUGCAGCUCGUAAUGUGUUGGUGGGAGAAGAAGAAAAGUGCAAAGUAACAGACUUUGGUAUGGCCAGGGAUGUGCAAGAGGACAACAUUUAUCAACGAAAGUCUAAGGAACGUCUCCCUGUUAAAUGGACUGCCAUUGAGGCAUUGCUGUACGGAAAAUAUUCUACAAAGAGUGAUGUGUGGAGCUACGGAGUUCUCCUCUUUGAGAUAUUCACGAUUGGUGGUUCGCCGUAUCCAAGGAUGGAUGGAAAAAAAAUGGCAAACUUGCUAGAAGAGGGCUACAGAAUGCCUAAACCACAACAUGUGGAUGAGAAGUUGUAUGACUUAAUGAUAAACUGUUGGAAUAACGACCCUAACUUGAGACCAUCUUUUGAAAAUCUGAGGAACGAACUCAAACAAGUGGAAAAUCAGCGCAAGAAGCUGAUAAACUUAAAGAAUUACGACGAUCGACUCUACGUUAAUGUUGACGAUCUUGCUGUGUAA